AUGAUCGCGAAUCUUCAUCAAGUAUUGUGUCUACUCGAAUUGGCCGGCACUUUCACGUGUACCUGGCCAGCAGAUUCGAACAGCAGCAAGUGGAAAAUCAUUUUACGUAACUUUCGCUGGACGUUCGUGGUGAUCAACGUGAUCCUGUUGAUGAUAUCCCUGGUGUUUGGUAUCUAUUACUAUCGAAACGAUUUUGUCAUCCUGAUGAAGACCAUCUCCGAGCUGACUGCACUUUUGGAGGUGCUCUUGGACCUGGUCUUCUGCAAAGUAUACUGCAUACAGCUGCAGAUUUUAAUUAGGAAGAUCAGGAUGUAUCUGGAGACAGCUGGCGAGUACGAGAAUAAAAUUAUACAAAUCUACGUGGAUCGUUACAAGAGAUUCUUCUCGGUGAUAGCGAUCGCGUAUAUUUCGACUGGAAUUUCGUUCAGUUUGGCGCCAUUAUUUUCGAGACAGGAUUUGCCAGCUGAUGGUUGGAUCCCAUUCUCCACCGAACCCAUCGCGAUGUACUGCAUCGUUUACUUUGUGCAUACUUAUUGCAUCCUGCAAACUGCACUCUGCAUCGGCGUCGACUUCAUGAUCAUUGCUCUAUUCUGCUUCACCGCAGCCAGACUAGACAUCCUGGGGAUGAGAAUGAAACAAGUGAGCCGCUACGACCUGCUGGUAAGCUGUGUCAAAGAACACCAAGAAAUAAUAGGAUUCGUGGAGGAUACUAUAUCUGCUGUUCGGGCUUUAUUAUUCAAAACGAACAUCACGAUGGGAAGCGCUGUCAUAUGCGGAGCUUUCCCCUUGAUUUACAACCAAUCGUUGGCUGUAACGAGUCAGUUUCUUUGUAUGGUGAUAUCAGGAUGCGGACACCUGUACGUUAUUUGCUGGCCAGCUGACGAUUUGAAAGAAAGUAGUCUAAGGUUCGCGAUAUCGGUGAACGAUGUGCAAUGGGUAGGAAAGCCACGAAAAAUGACGAACAUCAUAUUAAUUAUGAUGCAGAGAAGUAGAAAGCCAUUUCUGAUUACAAUGGGUGGUGUGCUUCCGGCUCUUUCGUUGGAAUACUACGCCCACUUUUUGACUACCAUAUCUUCCUACUUCAUGGCAAUGAGAACCACGAUUGAAUCAUAA